AGCGGAGGUAUUGGGACCAGCGAGUUUAAGUUUCUGAAAUCUGUUGCCUCUAAUCGUCAGGGGUCUGUGAAUGAUGUAGAGGAAAACUCAAAUUUUGUAAAUGGGUUUUGAUUCAGUUAAGAAUCUGUUGGUUUUUCAGAGCAUUUGGAAUGAAAAUAUUUUCUAAAUAUACUGUUUCCAUUAGCUUUUUGGUUCAUAUAGACUCUCUUGGGGUUUUGUUUAGUUGUUGAUUUCACUUUCCUCCUUAAGGUAAUUAGACAUUUUCUUUGAUCAUAUACAAGGGGAAAGUACAAGCUUUUGUUAGAAUAUAUAAUUUUGAGAAUAAUUGAGGAUAUUUCCAAAUUGUAGUCUUUGGAGUGUAUAACAGAAAUGAGAAAUUCUACAUAAGAAAGUUUUUGAAUAUUAUUUGUGUCAUAAUAGCUUUAGUGUAAAAUAACACUGACAGUGUAAAAUGUGUUCUAGAAGAGUUGUAUACCUUAUUUGUAGGGUCAUUAUAGCUUGUUAUUAUGCACUUUGUUUUUUAUAACAUAUUCCUUUGCUUAGGGGAUCCAGGGGAUUUUGCCAUUUAACGAAAAAACAUUUCAGAUCACUCUGAAUUAUCUCAAAUUACUACUCAAAAGAGCAUAGAAAAAAGCCAUACUGACUUGUUUAGCUCAUAUAAUGAAGAAGGAUGUCAGCAAAACAGGGGGCUUCUACAUUGGGAGGAGAAUCCAUCUAUCAGAAUUUUUUAAAUUGUGAUUUAUUCAUUAAUCUAUUCAACAAAUAUUUGUUAAGCAUCUACAGUGCGACAGGAACUCUUCUAGAUGUCGAUGGCUGUAGAAAUAAACAAAACAAAGUUCUCAAACUCAAGAGCUACACAGAGAAGAAAUAAUUAAAUAGGUACAUGUAUGUUAUAUAAGAUGGUGAUCAAUGCUAGGGAUAAAAAGUAAAACACAUCAAGCCAACAGAGUCUUGAGCUAUCUUUGAAACUUAUUAAGCUGCCCUGCACCAGAAGAUGUAUUCAUUACUCUCAUUGCUAGAAAUGUGUAACACUGAACUGCACUAGGAUUAAUUUGUUUACAAGAAGAAAUUAAAACUCCACAUUUCGGGUUCACAUACCGCAGCUCUAUUGAAUAAUAUGCAUCUGAAUUUUAAGUUGCAAAGGUAUCUGAAUAAUUUUUCAUGUGCAUAUUUUGUUGAAUGUUUCGGUUCAUGAAAAAUAUUUAAAGUUUUUUUAAAGAUUUCAGUUAUUAAUGUAACUGUACCCUUCUGCAUGGAAAAUCAUAACCAACAUGGCUGCACUAGACUUUCUCAGUGGUAUCCAACACCACUUGUAGAGGGCUGCUUUAUCAUAUUAACUGUACUUGGGUGUAGGACUCUAGUGUUUUUCGGUGUACUUCAUGGCCUGCAUUAUCUACAGCACUGUACUUAGAUAAAAACUAAAAGAGGCAGUAUACUUCACUGAUGCUUGUCUGGUAAUAUCACUUCUGUGCUAUUUUUUGUGAUGUAUGAAACUCGUGUUUUUUACAUAUAAAUGAGUAUGGUUAGAUUAGUAUCAUGGUGAUGUCUGUUUUCAUCUGUAAAUAGUUAAGCAUAUACAGGAGGCACUAAUUCUGAUUUAUUGCAGUGUUUGGUCUUAAUUUUUACUUUUACUCUUAAAACAUUCAGUUUUGCUUUCAAUUUUACAUACCUUAAUUCUGAGUUAGAUCUGCAGAUGUGUACAGAUAGUUCAUAUUUAUGUAUUGCACAUAAUCAUUCUAUUCAGCAUUGAUGCUAUAUUGUAUUAUGUAACUAAUAAAAGCCAUGUACAGAGUGGGAAAAUAGCAGGGCAAGAGAUAUGAGAAGUGCCCUCAUAUGCAUUUUCCCAUAGUUUGAAAGUUUCAUAAAAUCAUAACUCCCUGACCUUAUGUAGAAUGGGUAUUAUAAACUGGAAUUAACUGGUAGCUUUUUCCUUGAUGUGAUUCAAUCAACGGAAACCACAUUUCUGGCAUAUACAGUGUCUCGAAUUUGGAAGGAAAUUUAGAGGAAUUCAUCCUUUUUGCUGAGAGAAUUUUAAGAAAUUACAGAAGUAUAUAUUGUUAUUUUUACAACAUGAAAUGAUGAUCGCUAUUAAGUCUUCUUUCACUUCUCAAUUCUCCUCAGAGCAUCCCACCCAGACUAUAGGUUCUCAAAGUUAGGGACAAUGCCUGGAUUGCUUGCUGGUGUAUUUCAGAACAUAUUAAACAGAUAUGAAUCAUAUUUCUUUGAAUGAAGGAACAAAUAAUUAUAAUUGCAUGGUUUUCUGACUAUAUCAUCUUCCCCACACCAUUUCCAAACUUCGAAUAGCCCUCUAGAUUAUCAUAUAUGUACAACUGUAGCCGUUCUUUUCGAAGACAACGCAUGGUGGCGCUGCAGGCUAAGGCGUCCAAAAAAAAAAAAAAAAAAAAGACCCAGGAAAUGCUACGAACUCAACUUCACUUCUCCAGCGGAAGAGAAAAGCCUUAAGCAAAGCUCAGGACCAGUAACUCUGCAGAGAAUGCUACUCACCGACAUUUCUGGACAGGUUGCCAACUUGGAGAUCCAUCAUUGUCUCAGUCCCAUCGCUCCCUAAGGUAGAGCUGGGCCCUGUUCCUGGAAAGGCGUUUGUGGGAGUUAACAUGGAGGCUGGAGGGGAGCGCUUUCCUAAACAAAGGCAAGUCCUGAUUCUCUUUAUCUUGCUGGGAGUGACUUUUGCAGGCUGGGAAUCCCGCCGCUAUUCCGUGAUGGAGGAAACAAUGAGCGGAACGUUUGUGGCCAACCUGGCCAAGGACCUGGGGCUGGGAGUGGGGGAGCUAGCUGCGCGGGAAGCCCGGGUGGUCUCUGAGGAUAACGAACCCCGGGUGCAGCUUGAUCUGCAGACUGGGGAGUUGAUAUUAAAUGAGAAACUGGACCGGGAGGAGAUGUGCGGCCCCACAGAUCCAUGUGUAAUGCGUUUCCAAGUGUUACUGAAAAAACCAUUGGGAGUAUUUCGAGCUGAGCUAGUGGUGAGAGACAUAAAUGAUCAUUCUCCUGAGUUCCCUGAAAGAGAAAUGACGCUGAAAAUCCUAGAGACCAGCCCUCCUGGGACCGUGUUUCCUCUGAAAACAGCUCAGGAUUUGGACGUGGGCAACAACAACAUCCAAAACUAUAAUAUUAGUCCCAACUCUCAUUUCCACGUUUCCACCCGCAGCUGGGGGGACGGCAGGAAAUACCCAGAACUGGUGCUGGACAAAGAGUUGGAUCGCGAGGAGCAGGCCGAGCUCAGAUUAACCCUCACAGCGCUGGAUGGCGGCUCUCCGCCCAGGUCUGGUACCGCCCAGGUCUGCAUCUUGGUCUUGGACGUCAAUGACAAUGCCCCUGAGUUUGCACAGACGCACUACCAGGUGCAGGUCCCAGAAAACAGCCCUGUAGGCGCCCUAGUUGUCAAGGUCUCAGCUAGAGAUUUAGACACAGGGACAAAUGGAGAGAUAUCGUAUUCCCUUUUUUAUAGUUCUCAAGAGAUAAGUACAACUUUUGAGCUAAGCAGCAUUUCGGGAGAAGUUCGACUAAUUAAAAAACUAGAUUUUGAAACAAUAUCCUCAUAUGAACUGUAUAUAGAUGCAUCUGAUGGUGGGGGACUAUCUGGAAAGUGUUCUGUCUCCAUUGAGGUACUAGAUGUUAACGACAACUCCCCAGAAUUAAUUAUUUCAUCACUUACCAGCCCCAUUCCUGAAAAUUCCCCUGAGACAGAAGUUGCCCUGUUUAGGAUUCGAGACCGAGACUCAGGGGACAAUGGAAGGAUGACUUGUUCCAUCCAGGAUGAGCUCCCCUUCCUCGUGAAACCAUCUGCAGAGAAUUUCUAUACCCUGGUAACAAAUGGGGAGCUGGACAGAGAGAUCAAAGCCGAAUAUAAUAUCACCAUCACCGUCACAGAUCUGGGGACACCAAGGCUGAAGACUGAGCACAACAUAACAGUGCUGGUG